AAACCAGAAAGUCAGGUGUUGGAAACUGCCUCAAAUGCCUGGAAAAUGAGGGCGGCAGCCAAACUUCGUAACUUUGCAGGAGUGAGUCAUAAUUCAAAUGGAACAGCUGUUCCUUGCUGGAAGGUUAACCGCACUAAAAAAUCUCAAUUUACUGAUAUCCAUCUAAAAUGCUUAAGGGGUAUCAAAGACAAAGUGCCACAAGGUAGUUACAGUCUCAAGGUUUCCAUCUGUAAACAACUUGAUGGAAAAUUUCUUUCUUGCUUCAAAGUGGAUGGACAACAAUUGGUCGGAAAGUCACUGCCUGUGAGACAUAAUGGGAACUUCUAUGACGUGGAGAUCUCUUUUGGACAAAGCAUAUACACAGAUGUUCCAGUUAAAAAGAAUGGGAAGCCUGGAGAGAUACUUUUCUUUGAGCUGUUUCUUCUCCAAGGAACUUCUGACAGACUUGUGGGCUGGGGAGCUUUUCCUUUAUGUAAUAAUAAUUUGGACAUUGUGGAUGGGAAGUUCAAGUGUCCUCUUCUCAGAGGUUAUUAUGAUACAAGAAUUGAUAGAUUCCAAAAAAUUGAAAAGUUGAUUUCUUCUGAUUUGGAUCACUGGCUAGGCAAUCUUUAUUUUCAGAUAAUUAAACUUCCGUGGUGUUCAAAUGAACAGUAUAAAUAUGAAGUGGGUCUUCAGCCUUCUUCAAAAAUUCUUCAGUAUUCAAGUACUGCUGAGAAGGAUGGGAUUUCAAAGGAAAUCAUAGGGCAACCUCUGACCCCUCGGAGAGAUUCUGAGACUCGUAAGGGAAGUAUUCCCACUGUUGAAAAGAAAGUGAGAAGGCGGUUUAAUGCGCAUAAGGGGAGUGGCUAUGGAUGGCACUGGAUUUCUUAA